GGGUCUGCUGCAGGAGCACUGUAAGAAUGUCAGGGAGCAAGCAACCACCGAACCUGGCGAUCAUUAAAGAACUAGAGCGCAUCUUGGAUUCCUGCACACUGGAGCUCACACCAGUGGAUGAAGUCUGGCCCAAUCUGUACAUAGGAAAUGUAGCUGUAGCACAGAAUAGGAAGACAUUACAUAAGCUCGGCAUCACUCAUGUCCUGAACGCAGCUCACUCCAAACAGGGCAGCAUCGGAGACCAGAGUUUUUACGGGAACACCUGUAUUUACUUUGGCAUCCCAGCAGAGGACUCAGAUCACUUUGAUUUAAGUCAGUUCAUCAAACCUGCAGCAGACUUCAUACAUAAAGCCCUGAAGAGCAAAGAUGGUAAAGUGCUGGUGCAUUGCAUCAUGGGUGUUAGUCGAUCUGCCACUCUAGUCCUGGCUUAUUUAAUGCUGCGGCAGCGUCUACCUCUGAGAGAUGCUCUGAAGCGAGUCAUCCAAAAACGAGCGAUCUACCCCAACCGGAACUUCCUGUCUCUCCUCCUCAAACUGGACGAACAGCUGACACUCAAACGGAGGCUGUGUCCUCUUCUCUGACGUUUUACUCCUCCAACAUCCAUCUUUAACAUCACCUCAUGACUUUUCCCCAUCUUUGUUUUACACUCCACCUUCAUCAGCAUGGACUGAAUCUGUAAAUAAUGAUUUAUGUGGACUGUGUGUGAAGAAGAGAAAGGUGAUGAUGGUGAACACUGGAGUGACCUUUAAAUUCCAUGUGUGUAUCUCUAGGUUUCUGGGUACAGUGGCAAUGGUGUCGUGCAAUAAUGCAAAUAUCUGAGUCAUGUAUCAUAUUUCCUGAGGUUGGUUUUUCAUAUUCAAACUCUAUUCAAAGUUAUCAGUCAACUUUGUCAGCCCU